ACCUGUUGAGCGCGGACAGCGGCAGAGGCGCGUUCACCAGUGCGCACCGCUCGCGUGCACGUUUUCAUGGACAAGCUGAAGAGAGUGCUGAGCGGCCAGGAUGAAAACAUCGACGAUGUCAACAUCCUACAGGCUGCCAACGAGGCCUCCACCUUGGGCUGGGGGACCCGGGUGAAGGGCUUCAUCGCUUGCUUCGUCAUCGGGGUCAUCUGCUCGGUGCUGGGAGUGUGUUUGCUUUGGGUGCCGAGAAUCGGAUUGGUGCUUUUCAUCGUGUUUUACACCUUCGGCAAUCUUGCCUCUCUGCACUAUGUUCAUCAUGGGGCCCCUGAAGCAGCUGAAGCGAAUGUGCGACAAGACGCGAGUUUUCGCCACCAUCCUCAUGCUGGUUUUCCUUGCUCUGACCCUAUGUGCUGCAUUUUGGUGGAAGAGCAAUGGUCUUGCUCUGCUCUUUUGCAUUUUGCAAUUCCUGGCCUUUGCCUGGUAUGGCCUCUCCUAUAUUCCAUUUGCAAGGGACGCCGUGAUAAAGAUGUUCACCCUUUGUUUGAAGUGAGGACUACUUCUUUGGCCUACAUCCUUCUCCCACCGCUUAGGACCACAUAUCCCCCAGCCCCCUGCUUCCAUAUCCCAGAGCACUUGGGGGGAAGUCAUGGGGGCCAACUGCACCUUCCAGGAAAAUGAUACCCAAGUGUCCUCAGUACAUUGUGGCCUUGAACACAUUCCAAAGCGCAAUUCCAAUACCCAAAUGGUCUGUGGGAGAGGGGGGCUGUUGAAGAGGGUCUUCACGUAGCUUUUUGUGUUUUUUUUUUUUAACUCUGUAGAUCACUAUAGUUUCACAGUGCUGUCUGAAAACAGGGACAGAGCUUUGCUAGAGUUGUGGCUCCCUGUUGUUGGUCUGCCUUCCCUGUAAAUCCUUUUUGCUGCGGAACAGAUACACGCAUGUAACAUGUUGCGCUACUACCGACGUGCCUGCGUGUGGUUUGCGUGGCGGUCAAGUGAAGGACGAGCUUAGUGCGUGGUUAGCUGGUCGUGCAGAUUGGGGUUUCUUGGGCACUUUGUGUAACCCUGUCUCUCUUUUUAAUAAGCCUCCCUCUCUUUAAAUAUUUAAUUAAACCUUAAAUACAGAGAUGCAUUACAUAAGGAAACUUUGCCUCUGUUUUUCCAGAGUUUUUAAUAUCCGUGGACUGUUGUUUAACUUGGUCCUCUGGGUCUUUGAAAAUUGUGCUUUGGUCCACAACUCUGUUAUCUGACUUUGUUUUUGCGAAUGGUUUGUUGGUGACAAAGGGACAUUGAUUAUGGUGACCUACGAGGUCUGGGCAUUAAUGGCUUUACUGGCAAUUAAGCAAUUAACAACAAUUAAGACAACCACUCAUCUAGGAUAAAAACAAGGGGUAAAAUCCAAGAAAAGUGGUCAGCGUCAACACUUGAAAUUGAACCUUGUGUAUGCCUUGAUUUUCUGUAAAUCCGCUACUUGGCUUUUUCUGUGUAAAUUUCCGUAUCCUAACUAUUUUGUCAGUAUCUUGGCGAUUUAGGCCGAUGGAACUUUUGGGGCCUUCUACUGUUUUAUCACUACUUUAUGAUGCCACAUGUGAGGACGCUGAGCUCGUUGGCUUGAGACGGCACAGAUUUGUUUUGCUGGCCGCAUAGAGACCGGGAAGGGAAAAAGCAAUUUAAAUAUAUAUAUA